AUGGCAAAGGGUUUUUAUGUUAAUUUGAUAGCAUCACUGAUUGUACUAGGUUCUGCACAGAUAGAGAAGCCUUGGGGGCACUGGCUCAUCCCAGAUUGUUUUGUUGUCUUUGCAGAUGUCUCUCCAGUUGUAGCAGGGCUCAUUGGUGCUACUGUCCUUGUAGUUUCUGUCUCAGUAACGGUAUUUGUUUGGACAUGCUGCCACCAACAAGCAGAAAAAAAGCACAAAAACCCUCCUUACAAAUUCAUUCAUAUGCUGAAAGGCAUCAGUAUCUACCCGGAGACCUUGAGUAACAAGAAGAAAAUUAACCGUAUCCGGAGAGACAAGAAUGGCACUGCCAAGGAUACUGGAAAAGGAAACCUCUUGGUGGAUGCUGCUGAGGCUGGCUUACUGGGCUCUGAGAAGACCCCAGAUGGACUUAAUGCAACCACCUGUGUUGAUCAGCUCCCAAUAAAAAUGGAUUAUGGAGAUGAACUAAGUCCAGAUCAAAGCCUCACCCCGGGUGGGAGUAAAACCUCCUCCCCAUCUUCCCCAGAGGAAGAUGUCCUGCUGGGAGAACUGACUUUCUCAGUGGACUACAACUUUCCCAAAAAAGCACUGGUGGUGACCAUUCAAGAAGCCCAUGGGCUGCCCAUGAUGGAUGAGCAUACACAGAGCUCUGAUCCCUAUAUAAAGAUGACAAUUCUUCCAGACAAAAGGCACCGAGUCAAGACUCGUGUGCUUCGCAAGACCUUGGACCCUGUCUUUGACGAGACUUUCACCUUUUAUGGGAUCCCCUACAGCCAGCUCCAGGAUUUGGUGCUCCACUUCCUGGUGUUGAGCUUUGAUCGUUUCUCACGAGAUGAUGUGAUUGGAGAAGUCAUGGUGCCGCUUGCUGGGGUAGAUCCAAGCACUGGAAAGGUCCAGCUCACUAGGGAGAUCAUCAAAAGGAACAUACAAAAGUGCAUUAGCAGAGGAGAGCUGCAAGUCUCACUGUCUUACCAGCCUGUUGCACAGAGAAUGACUGUUGUGGUGCUGAAAGCUAGACAUUUGCCGAAGAUGGAUAUCACCGGUCUCUCAGAUCCCUAUGUUAAGGUGAACGUUUAUUAUGGUAGAAAGCGCAUAGCAAAAAAGAAGACCCACGUGAAGAAGUGCACUUUGAAUCCUGUCUUCAAUGAAUCCUUCAUUUAUGAUAUCCCAGUGGAUCUCCUUCCCGACAUCAGCAUUGAAUUCCUAGUCAUUGAUUUCGACCGCACCACAAAAAACGAGGUGGUGGGACGGCUGAUUUUGGGAGCGCACAGCAUCACCACAGCGGGCGUGGAACACUGGCGAGAGGUGUGCGAGAACCCCCGGAAGCCAGUUGCCAAAUGGCACAGCCUGAGCGAAUACUAGCAGAGGCGCUGGCCAAGAGAACAGACUUAAACCUUGUUUUAGUCGUAGAACUAAACUUUCAUAAGAAGCAGCUGAUUGGUUAUUUAGUGAUGUGAUUUUGCAGGGCACUAAAAUUCUAAAAAGCAUUAAAAUUUUAAAAUACCACAAAUAUAUAUAACAGUGUAGUCACGCUAUUGCAUGCCUAAUACAAACUAAAAUUAGUAUAACUGCCAAUAUCAAGUUGCAGAUUUUAAUACAAUUAUCUGUCACUAUCGAAGUUGUGUUUGUGCCGAACUGUCUUUGCUGGUAUUCACCAAAACUGGUCUCUCUAUUAGGCUUCUCCCAAAGUUUCUGAAAUCUGUUGUUUAACCUCUAGUUUCUUGUUAGUUUGUCUGCCCAUUGGUUCUUGCAGUUCACUUCUUUGCUGAUUUGGGAGCACUAACUGCAUUUCCAUAUAUGAAGGUUUAGUAUUCUGCACUGGUGCAAAGAGAUACAGGGAAGAACAGUCCUAUCUAGGGAAAAAAACAGCCUAUAACCUGGUACUGGAAUAUUUCUAUUUGUGCUGUAUUUGCUAUGGAGCUAUAAAGUGAUUUGCAUCUAAAACUGAAAUGCUAAGAAACUGAUCACUGCUUUUGCCACAUGGAGGUUCUGGAGAAAUAUUUGUAUUAUGAGGGACUCUGGAAAGCACCAGCCUACAUUUUUUUCCAACCCUAUAUGUAUAUGUUGGGUUCAGGCAAAAUGAUCUACACUAAACAUGUGAGAUCAAAUUGUAGGAAGGCUGAUGUUUUAAAAGUUUAUAAAUUCUACAUGACCGUUACCCAAUACCUUAAAUCAGACAGCAAAAUAUUGGAGAGUGAGUCUUCAAGUCAAUUGAAAAGUAAUCGUAUGUUCCUUAAUUGGACUAGAAAUAACAUUUUAUAUUCUACAGUUGGUCUAAAUAGCCCAUAUUCAAAGGGUUAAACAAUUUACAUAGAAAAAAAUGUUUUCACAAAAUAUUUUUUAGUUUCUCAAAAAAGCUAGUUUUCAGAGGUACAAAACAGUUUUAAACUGCUUAACUAUAAGGUAUUGGCUUCUGAAAAGUAGAAUAUGCUUGCUGUCUCCUGUGGAAUGUAAAACCAUGACUGGAUAAAUGUGUUUAGCACUAUGCAAGUUAAGCCUGAAUAGUUUAAUUUGAAACAGAAGUUCAUAGAACUAAGUUCUGCAAAGGUCAGUUGAGCUUGGAGGUAGUUGCAUUUAGAUCUUACUGUAAAAACACUGCUCUAAACUUGUAAACAAGAUGACUGUACUUUGACAAAGUAAUUUAAGUUGGUUUCUUAUAUUCAAACUGGGAGAUGUAAAAAAGACAAGUGGCAGCAAACAAAUAAUUUUAAAGAUUAUUGGCAAGCGAAGCAUGAACAGUUUACAACAAAAAAUAGUAAACAAUCCCUCUGCAGGAAUUUGCCUUUAUUUUUUUUUUAAUUCUAUAUCUUGAAAAUACAAGGCAGAUUGAGUGGGCAGAAAAGCAAACAGAAGACUGCAAGUUUUCAGUGUUCGUUAAGUUGAUUCCACGCAGCCAGUCUGGUCUGUGCCCCGUGGAAUGUAAAUAAUGUAUUAUAAGUAAUUUUUUUAAAACCAUUUAACUAUUUGCAGUACUUGACCACUGAAUUUUAGAGCCCUGUUGAAAAAGUGAUCCUCACCACUUUCUUACUAUUGAAAGUAGAUUAAACUGAGCAAGUCUUACCCUUUGGUUCCCUUUCCAGCCACAGUGUAAAGCAAUUGCUGCUGCAAGGACUCUUCAUGCAGACAACCUGCACGACACCUGCCAUUAAUGUCCCAGUAGCUCUUCCUGACAAAGCGUCUUUGAAAGGCUGAAUCUUCUCACUGGUAGCUUUCAUUGCUUGUAGGUACACCUUUCAAGACAGACUUUCAUUUGAGCUGUGAAAAGUGUUAAUGGGUCAGGGCGUAAAAGCAGUUACUUUGAAACUGAAAUCCUGUUUCUAAGCCUUACAAGUGCAGGUAAAUGCAACGUGAGUUUCCCCAUGCACUCUACCGGGAAACCUGGAUCCUGAUUAUGAGGAUUUCUGCUUGAGGUUAGAGUAGAUUUUGAUCUACGUCUUAAUUCCUUUGUUGCUUAUACACUGCUAGUGGCUCUCUACCAUGACCAGGAGAACAGAUUCUCCUCUGGACGUUCAGUGCAAAUAUAUUAGAUUUCUGUUUUUCCUCACUAAGCAGUCUGGUUAUUAAAGGCUAUCGAAUGUCACUGCUCCUCCGGGGAACCAUAUUUUUCCCUCCCCAUCGCAGAAAUAUUACUAGGAUACAUGCUAUUCAAAUGUUCCUUUUUUACUUCAGUGUAAAGAGUAUGCUUAAGCCUAGAUCACCUCCUUAUUCUGAUUCCUUUAGCUGAAAAGGAAAGAUGAACUUGUCAAGGAAAUGUGCUCAGGGUAAAUAGACUUAGGCUUAUUGGGCAGAUAUGAGUAGCUCCAUUACUCCUCAGGAAUAAUGGGAAACUGAAGAUGUGCAGAUAAUUUUUCUUUGGUGUAAAACUGACAGUUAGUGACAGCUGCCUCACCGUGGAAUCUCUCAAAUGUGGUUUCUUUACCUUGUGUCUUCUAUUGUAAAAUUAACUUGGACGGUUUCAACUUUGUGUUAAAAGAAAAAAGCAAAAGAACUAACUUGAAAUUUGUGAAACUGCAUAAUGCUGUAUGCUAAUCCUACAAUAUGUAAUGCUAUCUUGUAUGUUGAAUUUGUUAAUGCACAUUGAGUGUGCAAAUAAAGAUUGAUUCACUUUAAA